CACUCUCUUGGUAUCGUUGGUAGUCGUAUGUUUACACGGCUUUUCUCUUCCUUUCAUCUGUGUUGUCUACCUAGUACUGCAAUAAUAAACGAAGUCUUGUUUGUUGUUUGUUUGGUACCACUGAGUCGGAUAUCAUGCAUCGGUAGCAGCUGGACUACCUGUUCUUCAUUCCUUUCAGGCCAUUUCCCCCCUACCCAUAUUUCGUGGCCAGAUUUGAAUAUCAUAGAUACACCGGAGGAAAAACCAACAACAUUCAAUUCGAGAUAGCUCUCUCCUAGCACAGCCCAGCAUCAUGUCGUCGUCGACACAGCCACCCUCUGGAGGGUACUCACUCUUCCCGAACCCCAACUCCAAGCCGCCAACGAUAAGGAGGCCGGCAUCUCGAACUCGAAAGUCAGAAUCGCGUGAGCGGCCCCGGGCUGUGUCCCCCGAGAGCGUUCAUCACGUCGAUCAGGCGUCUCCACCACGUCACGGCAGACAGACGCCGCAACAGAGAGUCCAAACACCGGUUGAGCGAUCGCAAACUCCACAAAGCCUUUGCCAGGCCCCAUCAGGUGAACAACAACAACAACAACAACAACAACAACAACAACAGCAGCAGCCAUCGCCGCCUACGGAGGCAUCGCCCAUCCAACGGCCCCCUCCCGUUGCCGAUAUCCCGCCCCGAUCAGAUACCGCCUUCUCACAAGCACAUACGCUUGUGCGGAACAACAGCACGCGGUCCAGAAGCUCGAUAGCAAAGCUUCCUUUCCCCGAGGAGCCGUCGUCGUCUUCACAAGAGCAACCUGCUCUGCGAUCCAUCUUCCCUCAGUAUAACCCGGAAAGGCCUCUCAACCAACAAGAUUACUUCCCCACGCAAACAAGCCCGACUCAUAUCCCGCGGGCCGUGAUCAACCGGACAACAUGGUAUCCGAACCCUCAGGAAGCUGAAGGUCAAAACGACCAGCACAGGAGUCCUCCCAUGAGGAGCCCCCUGAGCGGAGGCUCAGCGCAAAGAUGGCCAAGGAGACAGAUCGAGCCUCCCAUCAUCCCCAAUGUCUCAUCGAAUGAGCACAUGAAGAGCCUAUGGAAGGUCUCCAACGGCUGGAAAGCACCCCCUUCAGAAGGCAGAGUGUACUGCAUGAAGAUGUCUCAGGAGAAGGACGCACCUGUAUAUACGCUCUCCUCGACAUCACAGCCAUUCUACAACAUCCGGCUCGAUCCCACGUCCGCAUCAGCCUACGUCACCCUCAGCCGCCACGACCCGGCCAAGGUCUACAAGGCCCCGAACCCCAUGGCAAGCUCGUCAGCGAGCAGCAUCCUCUCCGGCGUCGUCGGCCACAAGGACAGCAACAACGGCAAGGGCGCCGAGAGCAAACACUGGCAGGAGGUCCUCACCACCACUCUGGAAGAGGAAUCCCGCAAGCACCCGCCCAACGACGGCCUCGUCGCCCUCCUCUACCCGCUCGCGGCCGCCAAGAUGGCCCUCGACAAGCCGGACGACAUGAACGCCAUCAUGACGGCCGAGACGGAAUGCGCCCGCCUCGUCUGGGACCAGGACUCCGGGUCGCACUUCCUCGUCCACCCGGCCCUCGCAACCCCCUUUUGCGUCACCAUUGAGCGCUCGCCCGCCUGGAGCCGGGUCGAGUACACGCUCGAGCACCACGAGUCGCCGCAGCACCUCGCCAAGCUGACGCGCGACGGUACCGGCGGCGGGUACCUCGAGGUCGACACGGCCAUCGCCGCAAAGAUUGACAGCUUCUUCCUCGUCGACGUCGCCGUCGCGGCGCUCAUGCUCGUCGCGGCGGCGGACGAGAAGAAUACCAAAGUCGAGACCUUUGAGCCGCCCCCGGCGCCGCACGAUCCUGUUGGUAGCGGCCGCGACAGCCGGUUGAGCAAGAGGGAAGAGAAGAAGAGGGCCGCGGCGGCCGCGCGCAGGGGUAAGAUGGAGGAGUUUGAGAUUGACGUCGAGAGCCAGGACAGCAGCUUUGCGAAGCUGGAGCAGGCUGGCAAGGAGACGCGCGACAGGCUGCCUUGGCCUUUAAGAGCGCUGUUCAAGGUCGUGGCUGGGCUGUUCAAGUGUCUCGUCUGGCUGCUGACGAUUGGCUUCAAAGCCCUUGCUGCCAUUGUCAAGGGCCUUGCCAGGUGUGUCGGCGUCAAGUCCAAGUGA